AUGUUCAAUUUCGUGGAACAAUCGUACCAAAAUGAAACUCCUGCUGGUCUUUUCGCUGUGACUGCCCUCGCCGUUUCAGUGGAAUGUAGUCUUGUAUCGGAAGUCGCGGAGGAAGUCGCGAAAGAGGCUGUUGAGCAAGGCGUUGGCGAUGCAGUAGCUAGAAAUGUUAUACAGCCACUCGUAGAAAAAGUUAUGCACAAAUACCAUAUUCCACUACAUAAACGUACGUUCCGCGAACAGCAGAAGCAUACUUCUUCUUCGUACUUACACGCCGCCAGUAUGAAGCUCCAGUUCGUUCUAACACUUAUUGUCCUCGUGUCGGCGGUGCAAUGCAAAGUUCACACUUCGGUCGUAGACACUGACAUUGGCCCGACUCGAGGUAGAUUUUUCUAUACUUAUUACCAAUUGAAGAAGUAUUCCGGAUUCUUCGGGCUCCCCUAUGCGAAGUCACCCAUUGGCGACCUCAGAUUCGCGGAUCCUGUGGAACAUCCAGGAUGGACUGACGUAUUCAAUGCAACAGAAACCGGCCCGAUAUGCCCGCAAUACGUACUAUCCGGAAUCUUUGGACAGGAAGAUUGUUUAACUCUGAACGUGUACACACCUGCGUUCCCGCAUCGUGAUAAGCUUUAUCCAGUGAUGGUAUGGAUCUACGGCGGUGGAUUCAUAUUUGGAACAAACAUUAAAGACAUAUACGGACCAGAUUUACUGAUAGAAGAAAACGUAGUGGUCGUCAUUAUGAACUAUCGCAUGAGCGCCUUAGGAUUCUUUUCGCUCGGAGUGGACGGUGCCGAUGGCAAUCAAGGUUUAAAGGAUCAGGCUCUCGCUUUGAAAUGGGUGCAGAAACACAUUGACAAAUUCGGCGGCGAUCCUAACCAGGUGACAGUAUUCGGCGAGAGCUCCGGUGCUGCCUGUGUUGGAUAUCAUUUAAUAUCACCAUUAUCAAGAGGCCUGUUCAGUAAAGCGAUCCUUCAAAGUGGAUCACCUUUAUGCACAUGGGCGUACCAGACAAAGACAGAUGCUCAUCUCAAAGCCCGUGAAUUAGCCAGAAUUUUGGAGAUUUAUGAUACGGAUCCCUCGGAGAUACUGUCAAAGCUGAAGGAAGUGAACAUGACGAAAUUAAUGACAGCCGCAGCGACAAUGCUUGUUCAGAUAGUGACGUUUCAUGGAGUCAUCUGUUUGUUCCAGAUCACCCCGUUCUUACCAACGGUGGAAUCUGUCAAUCCAGAACGCGCGAUCAUUACUGAUUGUCCCUCGUCGUAUUUCGAAUCCGGCAAUGUCGCACCUGUCCCUAUAUUGAUGGGCUACAAUCAAGAUGAAGCUAUGCUCUUCACGUCAGUUCUUGAUGAUUUGCGACAAAUAUUGGUUAAUACUUUAAUCGUGCCUGCCUCGACGGCGGGCUUGGACGUGGUGGGUAACAUCGGUCAGAUCAAAAACUUCAUGUUUGAUGCAUCCUACAAGAAGCUGACAGAUAUAGCUUCAAGCUUCUUCUUUGAAUCACCCAUAGAUUUGACACAACAAUUGUUAGCUAAACGUGGCGAUGAAUAUCCCGUAUUCUACUAUAAAUUGCGGUAUUCGGCACCGGACAAUCUGCACAUACUAGUCGAUCCUUUGAUGAAUGGAACUUCUCACGGUGACGACGUCUUUUUAUUCUUCCAUGCAAACCUUAUCUCAACGAUUUCUCCCGAUAAUGACAUUACUAUACAACGCAAGAAAUUUGUCAAGUUGUGGACGACCUUCGCUAAACAAGGGAACCCUACAAAUCCACCUGAUCAAUUUAGUAGUAAUUGGGAGAAUUCAGGAUCAGAGGGAAAGCAGAUGCUACUUGAUCCUGAUAAUUUCCACAUGGUACCUCGUCAGAUUAGCACGGAAAGUGUAACUCUCGUACAGAAGCCAUACCACUCGAUUCUACCCGCCUUACAGGCCUGCGAGAGCUCUAUUGUUAGCAAGUUGAAUUUUGUUUAAUGAACUAAUUUGAAACGGUCUUCUCUGAGACAUGAGUUAUAAUAAAAAUAAUCUUAUAUUAUAUUUAA